AAAAUCCACUGAAUUCUAUCCCGUUCUUGAUCACAGCUGCAUCUUUCCACCCACCAAAAUACGGAGAAUCAAAAUCAUUUUGAAAUUCGAAUCCGAAUUUGGUAGAUUUGUUUCAGACUUUGCUAGAGGCAAGCAAUCCGUAGGUUGUGUUUCUGUCUCGGUUUUGGCCUCUCCACUCUUCUCUUCCGUGGCUGGGUGGCUGGCUGGGUUUCACCAUGGAUCCGCCAAUCUCAUGGGACUCCUUGAGAAAGCAGGCAAGGAAGCUUGAAGCUCAACUUGAUGAGCAGAUGCAUUUAUAUCGUAAAUUAGUCAGCACAAAAGUUGACAAUGCCACAGAUAACGAUCUUGAAAUUGGGAUAGAACAACUACUUAAACAGCUCCAACAAGUUAACUCUCACAUGCAAGCUUGGGUCUCAUCUGGAGGAUCUGAAAUAUUUUCACAUACAUUAACUCGCCAUCAAGAAAUCCUUCAGGAUCUUUCUCAGGAAUUUAACCGUCUCCGUUCUAGCUAUAGAGCUAAAAAAGAGCAUGCGUCAUUGCUUGAUGAUUUUAGGGAAUUUGAUCGCACUAGAUUAGAUCUGGAAGAUGAUGGUGGCUCUUACGAUCAAGCACUCCUUAAUGAGCGUGCUUCUUUACACAGGAGCACUGGGCAGAUGGAUGGUGUGAUUUCUCACGUGCAAGAAACUUUUAAGGCACUUGUGUAUCAACGGUCAACUUUUGGCGGCAUUAAUUCAAAGCUUAGUAAUGUCAGUAGUCGGCUUCCAACGGUUAACCAAAUUCUUUCGGGAAUAAAGAAGAGAAAAUCAAUGGAUACUAUCAUUCUUUCACUGGUCGCUUCAGCAUGUGUGUUUCUCAUCCUCAUUUACUGGUUGACAAAAUGAAAAAAAAGGUACCAUGUGUUUUUCUCCAGGUCCCCGUGUGUGAGCUUGAUCUUGCUCCAUUAUAUUCUUUUGUAUAUUACCUAUAAGGCCACAAGUUUAUAAUUUUUUGCAUUUUUGACAGACGGAAUCUUGAUUUGAUUUGUAUGUGCACAUUAUGUUGCUCAUGUCCACAAAUUCAGCAAACUUAGGUUUGAGAAACUCUGCAUCUUGCAAGAUUAGAAACCUCAAAAUCAGAGAAGUCAUUGCGUCGAGAAGACGUUGAGCUGCUGGUUUGAUUUGUAUUUUUUCAAAAAAAAAUGAAAAAAAAAGAAGAUGAUUCUGAUUUUAGAACAAAUUUAUGAAAAUCACUAGAAUCAGGUGCUGUAGGUGGUUGAUUUCGAAUAUUCUCAUUGUAGUAGAACCAUGUAGGACAAAAACUCAUUUUGGGAAAAUGCAGACCAAAUAGACUAAGGAUCCGUUU